AUGUAUUAUUCAGUUUUGUUUCAAGUCAUCCUACUUAUUCACCUAUUUCACAUAUCCGUACAGACUGAUAUAAGUUCGGAAUAUCUGAAGAAAGCUGAAGCUGAACUUGUUGUCAUUAAACGUUAUUUACUGAAUUAUGGUUCAGGAGAAAUUGGCUACUACAAUCAAGAAAUAACAAAAAUUAAAAAUGAAAUAACCAAAGAAAGUCUCGAUAAAGUUUGGGAAAUAAACGAAUAUAUCAACUGCAAAAAUAAACGUGAGGCUUCUGAUGCAGCUCUUAUUUCUAUGUCCGCUUUCAUGAAUUAUGCAGAAGCUGUAAAAGCUGAAUAUCCGACAAUCCAUCUGGAUUUAACGAAACUGAAUAUAUGUUUUAAUGAAGUUGCUGUACAUUAUAAGAAAAGGAAGUUUGAUCACAGUGAAGAAACAUGUCAAAUGCUGACAACAUACAGUACCUCAGAUUUGGAAGAAAUAAAUGUUUAUAUUAGUAUGAAAUACUAUGAAAUUUAUCAGUUUAACUUCAAUCUAUAUCAGUAUAAAUUAUUCUCGAAAAUCAUAGAUAUGCUACAUGUUUUAGAUGUAGUCGAGUGA